AUGAACUUAAAAAAGCAUGCAAAAGCACUUCUUGAAUAUCCAGAAAGUUCUGAUGAUGAUGAUUAUCCCAAUUAUAAAAUGAAGGCUUUAAAAUAUAGAAAGGAUUGUCAUGAAUCAAAUGACAAAAUUUAAAAACUUAAGCUAGAAAAUUAUGACAAUGUAAUUAUUAUUUCUAAAAAAUAAGAAAUAAAUGAUAUCAGAGUUGUUAGGUGAUUUAGAAAAUCAUAGAAAAAAAGUAAUGAUAUUAGAAUAAGAAUUAUUGAAUUAAAAAUAAUUAAAAUAAGAUUCAUUUGAAUAAUUAAGAAGAAUCAAAUAGUAGAAAUAGGAAGAUAGAUUAUUAAUGGAAUAAAAAUAAUUUUAAGAGAAACUAACUAUACAAACCAAUGAUGCAAUAGAAAAAUUAAGAAUACAUUUUGAUUAAACGUUAUCAUAAUUUACACCUAAACUUGAUAAUAGAUGA